CCCAAAACCCCAUCCAAACCCUAAUCCUUGCCCUUCUCGAUCUCCCUCCUCGAUUCGAUCACCGUACUCCGUCUGCCAUCCCCGCCGGAGCCCUCCCAUGAGUCAUCCAUAGCCAAGUCUCGGUCUUUGAUCCCCUGGAUGCUUCGAUCCCGUAGAGCCGAAUCACUCCUCAAGCGGCCGGCGCUUCGAUCCGUAAAGAUCUUAACUCGUCUGUCAAACUGCGGCAGUUUGCCUCUCGCCGCCGCCUUCUCCUCCGCCGAUGCCUUGAAUGAGGACACACGUUGCGUCGUCGAACCCAAGGCUCGUCCCGUUCCCCAUCUCCUUUCGCAGAGUUCCUGCGGGUCGGCUUCUCGCGUCGCGCGGAAGCUGCGGUGUCUGAGAGGGAAGCCCGACGUUCCCCUCGCCUUCUUUAAGGACAGCGUGGCCCUCGGGUUCCGCCACGACCACUCCACCUACUCGGCGAUCGUCAGAAUCUUAGCGGAGUCCCAUUGUCACAAACAAUUGGUGACUUUCUUCUGCGAUUUGAUAUCUUCUGGCAGGGAGCAUGGUUUCGAAGUACCGGCCCUUUUUGAUGCCCUUGCACGUCAACUGAACGAUUCGAGCUUGUUGACGUGUGCAGUCGAUGCUAUGAUCGAAGCAUGCACAUUCUGUUUGACGCCUGAAAAGGCUGUGUAUAUGUUUUCCCAGCUGAAUUCGUCGAGGUUUAUCCCAUCGGCAUGGUCCUGUGUCGUUCUUCUGAAGUUUAUCACUAAAGAUAGCGACUUGGAGACUGUAAUGACAGUUUAUGAUCAGAUGAAGAAAUUAGGGACUAGUAUAGCUGCUAAUUUAUCUUCAGUGGUGAUCAAGGCUCUCUUUCAAGCAGGGAAGUUAGAUGAUGCACUUCAAGUUUUGGAGGACGUCAAGGAAUCUGGACUAGAACCUUCUCCAAUCAUCUACUCGGACGUUAUAGAAGGCUUGUGCGCUUGUGGGAGAUAUGAAGCGGGUCAUGCAAUACUUGAAGAAACAGUAAGAAAUGGUAUUGAUGUGAAUGUUUUCACCUAUAAUAAGGUGAUUGAUGGACUGUCUCAAGGUAGGAGACUACAGGAAGCUGAAAUGCUUUUAAAAGAGAUGAUAAAAAGAGGUGUGCACCCAGAUACAUUUAGCUACGGAAUUCUUAUUCGAGGUUACUGUGACACAGGCAAUCUGAUAAGAGCUCUGGAUAUGUAUGAGGAAAUGGUGACUCACAGCAUCAAACCAGAUGCCACCAUUAUAAGCUUUCUCCUUCAUUGCUUCUGCAAAUUGGGUAUGGAUUUUGAAGCAAUAGAGUUCUUCCAGAAAUUUAAGGACUCAGGGCUUCAUGUUGAUGAAGUUCUGUAUGAUAUCAUUAUUAUCGCACACUGCAAGCUGGGAAGAAUGAGAGAUGCAGCGGAAUUGCUUAAAGAAAUGAAGAGUAAGGGGUUGAAUCCUGACAAGAUCCACUACACAAACUUAAUAAAUGGUUAUUGUCGCAAAGGAGAAAUGUAUAAUGCCCAGAAGGUGUUUGCUGAUAUGGUGAAGAAGGAUGUUGAGCCUGAUCUUUUUACUUACAAUGUAUUAGCCAGUGGGUUUUGUAGGAAUGGAUUUGUUAAGGAGGCAUUUGAUCUUCUGGAUUAUAUGUUGGAUAGAGGCAUAGAGCCGAAUGCUCUCACCUAUAGUGUGGCAAUCGAUGGUCUCUGUAGAGGUGGCAAGCUAAAGGAGGCAGAAAUACUUUUUAAAAUACUGGAAGAGAGGAAAAUUGCACAAUGUGCCGUUCUUUUCAGUUCAAUGGUUUGUGGUUACUUGGAAUCCGGUUGCACAAAAGAAGCUUCCAUGCUCUUUGUUAAGUUCUCUAAGCAAGGGACCCUUGUAGACGAGAUUGCCCGUUGUAGGCUUAUAAAUGAACUUUGUAGAGACGGGGACAUUGAAAGAGCUUCUGCUGCCUUCAGGUUGAUGCAAGAGAUGCAAAUUACUCCUGAUGAGCCUUGCUAUUAUAAUCUUGUUGCUGCUUAUUGUCAGGUGGGUGAUAUGCAUAAUGCUCAGAUUUUGUUUGAUGAUUUUGUACACCAAGGUCUUUCGCCCGAUGUCAUCUUGUAUACAACACUAAUAAGAGGAUAUUGCAAAGCCAAUCGCUUGCAAGAAGCCUGUGAGUUGUUUUUUCAGAUGAUACAAAGAGGUACUAAACCUGAUGUUGUUGCUUAUACAGUAAUGUUGGAUGGUUAUUUAAAAGACACUUUGCAAAAGGGAAGGUCAGACUCCGAUAAGGAAAGAUGGAAAACUGAAGUAAGAGAAAAGUACUCUAAAUUGUUAAAUAGCAUGAGAGAUAUGGAAGUCAAGCCUGAUUCCGUUUUCUAUACAGCAUUGAUAGAUUGGCACUGCAAGAUAGAUGAUCUUCAGGAGGCUCAUAAACUCUUCGAUGAAAUGAUUGAAAAAGGACUGACACCUGAUGCUUUCACAUACACCGCUCUAAUUUCUGGGUACUGUAACAAGGGGAAUAUAGAAAAGGCUGAAGGCCUGGUGGAAGAAAUGCUAAACAAAGGAAUCCAGCCCAGCAGUCUUACAUUCUCAAUCUUGGACCGUGGAAGCUUGUGUUCAAAAAGUUUGCAGAUUCAGUAGCAACAAUUGAUGUGCUGAGUUAUUUUUUAUUCCAAAACCUCAGACAGCAUCAGGGACAUACCUCAAAGGACAUAGUUGAGGAAUAAUAUAUCUAUUUUGAGAUACACUUGAUUCUUUAUUCUGGGUUUUUUCAACUGCAAUUAAAUCACAUUGCAGAAAGCUCUUCCCAUGGCUGGUCUGGUAAGCUGAUCAAGGAUCAAUAGCAUGAUAAUAAUUGCAUCUGAUUCUUGAGGGGAAAAAAAGCCAUUUGAUCCUUUCCAAGUCCAGAAUCAAAGGCUACUCAUCAAAUUCUGAAGCAUUUUCAGCAUAAAUCACCUCAUAGUCUGUGUGAUGUACCAGACUUGACUGCAGAUAUGAUUUUGAUCAUCUUUCUAGUUGUUAGGUAAUUAUUCAACAUUAUCUGUGGGGGUUGAAGGAACUGGAUUGCUUUGAGAAGUCCCAGAUUUUGCACUGCUUAGCAAACUCUGCAGUAAGUUCUUGUGAUUUAUAUUCAACAUUGUAAAGCUCUAGUCCCUAUUCCUUGAUGGAUGAAGAAGAUUGGUCGGUCUUCAUAUAUGAUCUCUUCUGCAUCAAUGUCAACUGUAAAUAUGGAUUAAUUGAUGAUCUAUGAGGAGGUGGCAAGCUCUGAGUGGCAAAAUUAGGUCUUAGAAUACUGGAAGAGGAGGAAAAUUACAUGAUUUGUGGUUUUUUAGUGAAAUGGUUUGUAAUUACCUGUAACACCAUGGCACAAGAAAAGAUGACAUGCUUUUUCUGGGCUUCUCAAAGCAAGGGACAACUGUGGAUGGAACUGGCAUUAUAACCCCAUGAUGCAAAUUACUAUAGAUGGAGUUUGCUUUUAUGGACUGAUUGGAGCUUGCCCGUGUUUUGUUUUAGGAUUUGCUAUAUGGUUUCCUUUAGAUAUUUUAUACUUCACUAAUAAGCAGAUACUGCAAGGGGCGGCAACUGCUUGUGAGAAGCCUGGUUGUUUAUGCAGGUAAUAGACGACAGGCAGGCGUUGAGUAUAUGGGUUCUGAUAUGGUAAUGUUGGAUGGUUAAUAUAGAAGACUACUUGCGAUAAGGCUGGUCAUGAACGAAGGGAUGUUGAGAAAGUAUCUGAAAUCCUUGGAUAAUUUAUGAAGCUACGAAGCGAAGACUGAAUUCAGUUUAUUCUGCAGCAUUGAUAGAACAGUGGCUAGAUGUUUGUAACAGUGGCUAGACGCAAUAUCGAUUGAUUGACACUUAAAGAUGGAUUCAUCGUCAGGACGCUCAAACUUUUUCUAUAUGAUAUUUAUGCUAUUGAUUCAGGGCACUCCUAUGGCUACAUAAAGCUUGAAUCCAUCCUAUGGCUACUCCUAUGGUAGAAGAAAUGCUAAACAAAGGAAUCCAUCCUUAUGGUCCUGCUUUCUUAGUCUUGAAUCACGUAGGUUUGAGGACCAGAUGAUUGCAGAUUCUAUAGCUGCAACCUUUGGGUAUCUUUUGGGGCUUCACCUGACAAGCAUACAUCCAUGUUCCUGAACAUUAUAUUUCAUUCACCCCACUGAUGAAAUUAUGUACGCUUAGAUGUUUGCUGGCAAGUCUUGUAACUCUUUUUUUCUUCAAUGAUUCAAUGUUUUUAUAUUCUUUUUUGUUUUUUUUCUGGCAAAACAUAUUCAUGUACCAGCAGAUAUCAGAAAUAAACAUCCAAGUUUUGGCCUGAA